AUGGUUUUGAUUGAAGAUUUGGAUGCUGUCGCUGGUCAAAGCCAGGUAGAACACCAUGUUUUCAACAGUUUCGGGCAGCGCAAGCUCCCAGUUCUGGUUCUGACCGGGUAUUUGGGAGCUGGUAAGACAACCCUGCUCAACUACAUUCUGCGAGAACAGCAUGACAAGAAGCUGGCUGUAAUUGAGAACGAGGUCGGCGAAGUGAGUGUGGACGAUGCUUUGAUUGGGGACAAAGUCCUGGGGGUUGGUCAGGAAGAUGUCGUAGUUUUGGACAACGGCUGCGUUUGCUGCAACAUCCGUGCCGACCUCGUGAGAGCAUUGGCGGCCAUAUGGAGGAAACACGAGACUAACAACUCUCUUGACGGUGUGGUUAUUGAGCUCACCGGCGUGGCAGAUCCUGCGCCGGUCGUGCAGUCGUUCUUCAUGGUGGACUCCGUCUCAGAGGCUUUCUAUAUCGACAAUGUCGUAGCCUUGGUGGAUUCCAAGCAUGUGCUAGAACAGUUGGCUGGAAGUCAGGGGGAUCCAACAAACAAAGGCACGGCAGCUGCACAGAUCGCCUUUUCAAGCAUGGUGCUGUUGAACAAAACUGAUCUGGUAAAGGAGUCGCACAUGAAAGACGUCGAAUUGCGUGUCCGGGAGAUCAACCCAUCUGCAGUCCUUUUGCGAUGUCUGCAAUCGCGCGUCAGCUUGUCGAGACUUUUCAAUGUUUCCAUCUUCAGUCUGGGCCGCGUUCUUGAAGAGCAGUAUAUGGACGAGGAGGAUUUUACAAAGUUCUACCAGCCGAAGAUGGAUCGAUCGGUGUCCAACGUUGGUGUUCGUUGUUCGGGAGCUGUGAAUCUGUUUGCUUUCCAAGCUUUCUUGGACAAGUACCUAGGCGAAGAAGACACUGCAAAGGACUUUCUUCGCAUAAAGGGCGUCCUAGAAAUCGCUGGGAGCGACUCAAAGUAUGUCGUGCAGUGUGUGCAUAUGGUGAGAACAACAGGAUUUUCGGAAAAUUGGGAGGAAGGACAACCACGUGAGAAUCGUAUCAUUUUCAUUGGCCGUGGAAUGCAAGGACGUCGUCAGUGCCUCACUGCAGAUUUCGAAAGCUGUAUGGUGACACCCUUACGCUUCUCCCUUGGUGACGAAGUGCGGGUCCAAGUCCACGACGAAAGCGAGUGCUUGGAGAACGACCAUGGCAAUCACGAAGGUCAUAGCUUGGGACAUUCUCAUGAGCAUACUCACCACUGCGGGCAGACAGCUUGGCGCGAAGGCGUGGUCGUGAGGCACUGGGAUGAGAAGAACGCCUACCGGGUAAAGCUGCUCGACGAGACAGAGGUGCUGGUCCCUAUGGAUGACCGGCGUCUUAUCCGCGGUAUUCAAGACGCAGAUCCAGCCGGGCAUUCCGCACACUGA